AUGGACCCUAGAUGUGCCUGGAGAUUGUGCGGUUUGUAUCUGAGGCCAUCCUGGAGGUCAUCAAUUUUCCGUUUUGUACGGAUAUACAGCCAUGUGUCUCCAGUAUCCGGCAAGUCUCUGACAGAAUCAGAGAGAUCUUCUAGCACAAACCUGAAGGUUCGCAAGAGAGGCAGCAGCAAAUCCUCAAGGUCUUGCACGGCCAAAUCAAGCUCCUCUCGUAAUGGGUCUCAGACAGUGUUGCCAAAUACUCAGGGAGAUGGUGAGUCUAUAUCAUCUGAGCCACUCAGUGACUUUUUGGGGAUCACUGAGGACAGUCUCCUCACUAGUGUCCAGGAUUCCUUCAAAGAGUCGCUGAACAAUGUCCUCUGUAUCCAAAGAGAGGGCCAGGUAGACACUCAAAGUCUAUCCCGGGUUAUUGUUGGAGAAGUGUCAAAGAAGGUCAAUUCCAUAAUCUCUGUGGCCAUCCAAACUCCCAUCUCUGGGCCAAUAUCCCCUGUCAUUUUUGCCAGUGGUGGUGUCUCCAGCACCAAGGUGGUUGAGGAGAUGGUGUCUGGCGUUUCCAACAUACUUCAGAUGUACAUUAAUGGGAAGAGUGUUGAGCAGAGUGUUGUUCUCAGAGAGGAUGGUGUUGAGGUGGAUAUGACACAUUUAACAGGACAGGUCAUGACAGCCCUCAGUGGCACUGUUUUGAACUUCAGCAAUAAGGAGGAAAAUGAUCCCAACAAGAGGGAACUGCUUUGUGUUGUUGCUGACCAUAUGAAGAUGCUUGAAUCUUGUAAAAGUUCUGAGGAGAUGCUAAAACAAGGAGAGAGCAACCUCAAUAUCAAAGGUGCCAAAUCUAGUCUUCGUCUGUCAACACAAAGUAUGGACAGACUACUCACUGAGGAGUUUCAGACCAAGGCCACUGAAUCGAUCCAACCCAAAGUGUACACAGAAGGUCAACAAGAAGACCCACUGCACUCCAACACCUUCCCAGAACCACACCCCUGCUAUCAGUGAAACAGGAAUUGUCAAUGAUCAAGAAUCCUGCCGAACAGAGAGUGUAUGCUCCAUCAAGAAGAAACCAAGGAAGCGUUCGCUCAUUUCCAGGAUGUUUUCAGCUAUAGGCAAAGCCUUGUCCAGUCCCUUUACUUCCUGCUAUAAAAGGAAG